UUUAGCAAAAAAAAAAAAAAAAACAAACACAAGAUAGUUUGGUCAUCAUUUUACUUGACCAGUGCCUCAAUAUCUAAACGAGAUUCAACUGUCUCGAAUCAAUCUCGCCUGAUCAGACUAUUGGUAAAACUCUUGGCAGUGCAGUGAAAAAAGAUCCGCAGUAAAAACAAAAAACAAAAAAAAGAUCCGGACCAGCAGGACAAGCAAAAGUUUACU